UUUUAUCUUUAUUUUGUAAUAAUUUACAAGCGUUGACAUCAUACGUAUUAUGUUUUAUUGCAUUUUGUAGUUUUCUAUUUUUAUUUACAUGAAAUUCAGGCUUAAUGAAAAGUAGGCCGGCUGGCGCAUAUGGAUGACGUUUGCAGGAGCCUGGAUGGAUUGAGUGCAAAGCUCUAAUGACAUGACUGACCAGGGUAAUAACAACCAGAACAUCUCCUGUAACCCAUUUGCUGCCCUCUUUAGUUCACUGGCUGAUGCCAAACAGUUUGCAUCUGGCCAGAAAUCUCCUCCACAAUCUUCAGAACCAACGUUGGAGGACUCUGGAGAAAGCCAGUCUGAAUCAGAGAACUCUGUGUCAGACAGUGUUGAUGAAAAUGAUGACUCGGUGGCAGAGAUCAGCCGCUCUUUUAGGUCUCGUCAAGAACUUUGCGAACAGCUUAAUGUCAAUCACAUGAUCCAAAGGAUAUUUCUCAUUACAUUGGAUAACAGUGACCCAAGUUUGAGAGGUGGAAAUGGCAUACCUGCACGCUGUGUCUAUCUGGAGGAGAUGGCUGCUGAUCUUGAUGGACAGGACUGGCUGGAUAUGGAUAAUAUAGAACAAGCUUUAUUUAAUCGUCUGCUGUUGCCGGAGCCUGGGAAUCACCUCAUCUAUAUGACAUCAUGCAGCACCAUUAACCUCUCUGCAGACCGUGAUGCAGGGGAAAAAUGUGCCAUUCCAUACCUCUUUGCUUGUUAUCUGAGGGCCAAGGAAGAGGUAAAAAAGGUUCCUGAAAAGUUGUUAUCAUUUGCUGUUCGCUGCAAGGACCUCACAGUUUCCAACAUGAAGACAGUCCUCCUCACUCCAGAGAUUUAUGUGAGCCAAAAUAUUUAUGAGCAGUUAUUAGACCUGCUCCUGGAUGGUGUCAGAGGAACCUACCCAGAAGAUGUGAUUGAGUUUGUGGAGGAAGUGAUUGCAGGUUUACUGUCUGAUCAGGAGGUCCGAACCUUUGAAGAGGUCAUUGUACCAGUAUUGGAUAUCUUCCAAGGGCGGGUUAAAGACUUGGAUUUGUGUCAGCCUCAACUGUAUUUUUACUUGGAUGUGCUUCUUUACUUUAGCCAUCAUAAAGACAUUGCUAAGGUGUUAGUGGAACACAUACAACCCAAAGAUCCAGCUAAUGGUUUGCAGUAUCAAAAAAGCUUAUUGGGAACUGUGCUUAAUAUUUCUUGCUUGCUAAAAACUCCUGGAGUUGUAGAAGGACAUCGUUAUUUUCUCAACCCAUCUCGCUCCAGUGCUCAGGAGACCAAGGUUCAAGAGGCAAAUAUACACCAGUUUAUGGGACAGUUUCAUGAUAAACUGCAUCAAGUUUUUAAAAAUCUGCUCCAACGACCAGGUGAAACACGCCACUUGCUGCUCACCUGGUUGGGGAAUUGUCUUCAGGCCAAUGCCGGCAGAACAAAGAUAUGGGCCAAUCAGAUGCCAGAGCUCUUUUUUCAGAUGUAUGCUUCAGAUGCAUUUUUCUUAAACUUGGGUGCAGUAAUGAUGAAACUUUGCCAGCCAUUUUGUAAGCCACACUCACCAAAAUUGCUGACUUUCAACCCAACUUAUUGUGCUCUCAAAGAACUAAGUGAAGAAGACCGUUCCAAUCGAAAUGUUCAUGCAAGAGGUCUUGACAAGGAAACCUGUCUGAUCCCUGCACCUCCACAGCAGCUGGUGGUGCCGGCACAGUCGUAUAGUCUGCUGACCGAAAACCUCAUUCUUACACAGCUCACAUUGCACUUGGGCUUUCACAGACUUCAUGAGCAGAUGGUAAAAAUGAACCAGUCCCUCCACCGGCUCCAGGUGAUAUGGCAAGAUGCCCAACGCACAGGCAACUCUAUGUCGGAACAGCUUCUAGAGCAGUUUGAGCGUCUUAUGAUUGUUUAUUUGUCAACCAAAGCUGCCACUACACAACCUGCCAUGCUCCAGUGCUGCCUUAACCUUCAAGCCUCCACAGCUUCUCUGUUGGUUCAGCUUGGAAUAGGAAACCAAGGUCCCGAACAUACAGCUCUCAGCUUUCCGCUUCCCUCCCUCCAUAACUCCACACUGUGCUACAUCCCUGAAUUCUUUGCAGAGAACUUGGGAGAUUUUUUCAUAUUUCUGCGUAGAUUUGCAGAUGAAGUUUUAGAGACAUCUGCAGAAAAUCUGGAGGAGGUUCUUAAUUUCAUUACUGUCUUCAUGGGUAAUGUAGAGAGGAUGAAGAAUCCACACUUGAGAGCAAAAUUUGCAGAGGUAUUAGAGGCUGUAAUGCCUCAUAUGGAGCCUUUGGCUCCUGGCGCUGCACAACCGAUUGUGUUCUUGCGAGAAAGACUCUUCUGCUCCUAUCGACACGCAGCCCAGCUGGCAGAGGCACUCAUCACUGUGUUUGUAGACAUUGAAUUUACUGGGGAUCCUCACCAGUUUGAACAGAAAUUCAAUUACCGAAGACCCAUGUACCCCAUCCUCAAGUACAUGUGGAGCAAAGAUGGCUAUAGAGAAAGCAUAAAGCAUUUGGCAGACUAUGCAUCUAAAAAUCUGGAGGCCAUGAAUCCUCCUCUGUUUCUCAGGUUUCUUAACUUGCUUAUGAAUGAUGCCAUCUACCUACUUGAUGAGGCAAUUCAGUAUCUUAGCAAAAUCAAAAUUCUACAGUUGGAGCGGGAUCGAGGAGAGUGGGACAGUUUGUCUCCUGAUGCCCGGAGAGAGAAGGAAUCAAGUCUGCAGAUGUUUGGACAGCUUGGACGUUUCCACAACAUAAUGUCAAAUGAGACAAUUGGCACACUGGCCUUCCUUACCUCAGAAAUUAAGGGCAUCUUUGUGCACCCCUUCUUGGCUGAGAGAAUCAUUUCUAUGCUUAACUACUUCCUACAGCACCUGGUGGGCCCUAAAAUGGGUGCUCUUAAAGUAAAAGACUUCAGUGAGUUUGAUUUUAAGCCACAGCAACUGGUAUCUGACAUUUGCACCAUCUAUUUGAAUCUGGGUGAUGAAGAGAACUUCUGUGCCUCAGUACCCAAGGAUGGACGGUCUUACUCUCCUACUCUUUUCUCUCAGACAGUUAGGGUACUUAAGAAAAUUAAUAAGCCAGGAAAUAUGAUUGUGGCUUUUGGACUCUUGGCAGAUAAAAUAAAGUCACAUGCCGACCGUCAACAACAAGAGGAGGAGACCUACGCAGAUGCCCCAGAUGAGUUUUUGGAUCCAAUCAUGUCCACUCUGAUGUUGGAUCCUGUUAUUCUUCCUUCAUCUAAUGUCACUGUAGAUCGUUCUACAAUAGCAAGACAUCUUCUUAGUGAUCAGACGGAUCCCUUUAAUAGAAGUCCUCUCACCAUGGACCAGAUUAGGCCAAAUGAUGAACUCAAACAACAAAUCUCUCAAUGGCUGGAUAAUCAUAAGAACAGUUCUCAGUUUGGGCAGAGUGGCUAGCCAGUUUGUCUGACUAAUGGCAUUUUAAAAUGUUAUUAUUCAGUGAUUUUAUUUGUUUAUAUUUUUGCCUCAUUUGCAGUUGUAUAAUGGACUAUUAUUUUUAUUGUGUUUAAAUGCUAUAGUAGAUCACUUGCUAGGGACAAACCAAUGCUUCUGUGAUUCACCAAUGAGUUUAUCAAAAACAUAAAAAGCAAAAAUGAUAUUACACAACGCCUAAUUGUUUUUGCUUUACACAAAUUGCCUACUCAAUGAAAGAAGAGCACACGGGCAGUGUGUGCUAAUAAGUACUACAAUACUUGUUGUAGAUGAUGAAGAUUACUGAUGAAUUGAGGAGAACUAAUUAACCCUUGAAAGUCAACAUUAAGUUGGGGUGUUUGCAUUAAUUUCAUAAUUCUAGCAAACUCAAUUUUAGAACUUAACACUAUAUAACUGAUCAUGAUGUACAAGCCAUUAAUGGCAAAAUUUGCAAUGAAUAAGAAAAGAUGGAUUAUAAAAGCUUAUUCUGUGUGGCUGUCAUUUAACCAUUGGCACAAAUACCUGUUCAGUGACUUUUUACAAACAGAAAUACCCAUUCAUCCCAUUUGUCAGUUUUUGUAUACCCUAAAAUCUCUUCAAAAGAAAAUAAAUGUCUUGUUGAUACAUGC